GGGAUCCAAGCUAAGUGAAGGAUGGAACAAAAUGAAUUCAGGGCAGUGGAGAGAAUACAUUUCUUGAAGCAGCCUGUUUGAACUCUGGCUUGGUGCUUUGUGAGCUGCAGCGGUUUGUAACUUGAUGUGAGAUAAACUGAUUGCUUCUGGCAGCGAGAAGCUGCAAGUUCUAUGAUGACUUCUUGGUUUUCUUGUGCAGCUAAAGACAUACUGAACACAGACUGGAACAAAUAUGAUGACAGGUUAAUGAAAGCAGCUGAAAGGGGCGAUGUGGAAAAGGUUUCAUCAAUCCUUGCCAAAAAAGGAGUCAGUCCUACUAAACUGGAUGUGGAAGGGAGAUCUGCAUUCCAUGUUGUAGCGUCAAAGGGAAACCUGGAUUGCUUGAACACCAUCCUUAUUCACGGAGUUGAUAUCACAGCCACUGAUGCUGCAGGUAGAAACGCAUUGCACCUAGCUGCAAAAUACGGACAUGCUUUAUGUUUGCAGAAGCUGUUGCAGUACAAUUGUCCUACGGAGAAUGUGGAUCUUCAAGGAAGAACGGCUCUUCAUGACGCAGCUAUGUCAGACUGUUCCUCUAGCAUACAACUACUGUGUGAUCAUGGGGCCUCAGUAAAUUCGAAAGAUGGAGAUGGGAGGACACCACUAGUGCUGGCCACUCAGAUGUGUCGUCCCACAGUUUGUCAGCUUCUGAUAGACAGAGGAGCGGAUGUUAAUGCCAGGGACAAACAAAACAGGACUGCCUUAAUGUUAGGCUGUGAAUACGGCUGCAAGGAUGCGGUAGAAGUUUUGCUCAAAAAUGAUGCGGAUGUUAGUUUGUCUGAUGGCCUUGGUCAUGACUGUGCUUACUAUGCCAGAAUUGGUGACAAUAUUGACAUUUUGGCUUUAAUAAAAGCUGCCGUUGAGGAUUCCAGCAAAGCAAGAGAUACCAUGAAGAAAGGGCAGCCUGAACAAAAGAUUACUAAUAUGUCACAGAAGUGGAAUCGGCUGCAUGCGCAGGAAGAGGUGAAUGUCAAGCUGUAUCAGAAGGAACAUAAUGCUCAGGAAUUGGAGUUAGAAAAUCAAGAUUUGAAAGAUCGAAUGAGAGAGGUGCAAGAGGAGCAAAGGAUGCUGCUGGGUAGAAUCAGUGGGCUACAACAACAACUGAAUGAGGAGCAAAUGUUUGCAGAUGAUCUUGAAAAUGAGAAAGAUGAGUUGAAGAAAAUCCUAACUACCAAGGAAAAACAGCAAGAAGAAAGCUUAAGAACUAUUGAAGCUCUCAAAGCUAAACUCAAAUAUUAUGAAGUUGACUUUGUGGGAUCUGGAAGUAACUUUGGUAAUAGAAAAGAAGACUUAUUACUUAAGCAAGGCCAAGUGUUUGCUGUGGAAUCACAGUCUAGGUCUAUGCUGAGACCCCUGGAGCUCUCCCUGCCUAACCAAUCAUCUAGUUCAGAGAAGGAAACUUUAAAGAAAGAACUUGACAACAUGAGGACCUGCUAUGGUGCAGCAAAAGAAGAAAUUAGCAAAUUGCAGAGGGAACUGUCUCACAAGGUAUCUGAAUGUAAAGCUUUGGCAUCAGAGUGUGAAAGAACCAAGGUGGAAUCUGAUGGACAGAUAAAACAACUGGAAGAUGCUUUAAAAGAUGUACAGAAAAGAAUGUUUGACUCGGAAGGCAAAGUUAAGCAAAUGCAGACCCACUUUCUUGCUCUGAAAGAUCACCUGACUAAUGAAGCUGCUUCGGGAAACAGUAAGCUAACAGAGGAGCUGAAGGAUCAGUUGAAAGAAAUGAAAACGAAGUAUGAAGGAGCCUCUGCUGAAGUGGGGAAACUAAGGAACCAGAUUAAGCAGAAUGAAUUGCUGGUGGUAGAAUUUAAGAGGGAUGAAGGAAGGCUAGUGGAGGAAAAUAAAAGGUUACAGAAGGAACUUGUUAAGUUGGAGAUGGAACGAGAUAAAAGGGGAAGAAAUGUCACGGAGUUAGAAGGGCAGCUCAAAGAAACAGCAGCAAAGUUAGCCCACUCUAUAACUUCAGAGAAAUUUGAAAACAUGAAGCGUUUGUUAUCAAAUGAAGUGAAUGAGAAAGCAAGGAAGCUAGCAGAGCUGGAAGGAGAGCAUGAAAAACUGCAGGCGGAGAUUCUGCUUUUAAAGAGGGAAUCUGAGAGUCAGAAAGCUAAACUUGCUCAGCAUGUAAAGCCAGAAGACCACGAACAAAUGAGGAGUGGGUUUGAGCGAAAAAAUGAGGAACUUGGGAAGACAAUUUCUGAAUUAUCACAGAAGAAUCAGACUCUGCAGAAGGAACUUGAAAGAUUGCAGAUUGAUAACAAGAUGCUUAAGCAGCAAAUCCAAAUGCUAAAAACUGAAAUUAAAAGUCAGAAUGUGCCUUUAAAAAUUCACGAAGAAUUGAAGAAAACAAAUGAUUUGACUGUUGGUGACCUGACCAAAAAGCUUUUUGAAAUAACAAAAAAGUACAAUGAAAGCAAAGCAGAAGCUGAAAAGUUGCUGGCAGAGAAGAACAAUUUAAGUGAGAAUAUCAGCCACUACCAAACUGUGUACCUGUCUCCAGAGCAGCACAAAAAAGAAAUGGAAGCUUUAAAAUCUAAUGGCAUUGAACUUGAAAAGCAGCUUGCUGAGCUUCAGAAAAAAUAUGGUGACGAACAAGCAAAAGUAUGCAAGCUAGUCUCUGAAAACACAGUCAUAAGAGAGACUCUCAGGGAUCAGUAUGUGUUGGCUACAACACAUGAAGAGAUUAAAACAGUCUUGAAUAACACACUAGAAAAGAAUAACAGGGAGCUGUCAGAUCUGAAGGAAAAAACUGAAGAGGUAAAGCAAGAAUUCAUAAGGGUAAAUGAAGAAAAUGGAACGUUGAAAAAUAAGGUGAAACUCUUACAGAAUCAAUUACAAACUGAGUAUAUAAGUUUAAAAGAUCAUGAAACUACAGUGACUACUUUAAAUAAAAGCAUGCAGGAACUUCAGGAGAACAAUGUUGCGAUUAUGGCUGAAUAUAAGAGGGGUCAAGAAGAAAUUUUACAGUUGCAUGCAGAAAUUGAAGCCCAAAAGAAGGAACUUGACACAAUUCAAGAAUGCAUUAAGUCCAAAUAUGCCCCGGUUGCCUCCUUUGAAGACAGAGAACAAAGCUUUGAAGCUACAGUGAAAGAAUUAAAAGCACAGUUGCAGGAACAGGUGCAGAAGUGCAGAGAAAGCGAGGAGGAAAACAAGAAGUGCAAACAGGAGAAUGAAAAGCUCAAAAAUGGCAUUUUGUCCAUCCAAAAUGACUUGCAGCAGAACUAUAUCCUUGCUGAGAAGUCCUGUGAAAUGGAAAAAAUGUUCGCAAGCAAAAUGGAGGAGUUGAAUAAGCAAUUGAGAGAAUUGCUGCAGAAAUACACGGGCCAAAAAGAAGAGAAAGAUGAGCUGCAAGAGAGUACCAAGCAGCCCAUAAUUAUGAAGGCUCAGCAUCUUUCAGCAGAACAAAUUGAAGCCUUGAAGAAGGCUCUUGGUCACACUAUAGAGGAUCUAAAGGAAGCUCUCAGAAGUAAGAAGGAAUGUUAUGACAAAGAAACACUAAAAGUAGGAGAACUACAGUGGGAAUUGUCAGAUCUAAAAAAAUCUUCAAUACCUUUGGUAGAAUAUACACAAAUGAAGGAAAUGUUAGAACAAGAAAUUGUAGCAACCAAAAACAGCUUGAAGGAAAAGGAAGAAGAAAAUCAAGUUAAAAAUGAGGAAAUCUUGAAGUUGCAGUUUGAGAUUCAGCUUACUCAACAAGCUUUAACAGACCUGGAGAGUAGAGAAGUGAUUGACAUAUCAGAAUACAAAUCCAUGAAAAGUACUCUGGAGGCCCAGAUUAAUAGCAUAGCUGAAAAUUUGUCCAACAUGAAUAAAAAGUACGAGGAAGCAUGUGAGGAGGCUUUGCAAGCUAAAAAGAGCGAGCUUUCUUUAAAGGAUGAAAAGGAGUUGCUUGAGUUACGGAGUUGUAGUAUUGAGCAAGAAAUCAAAGACCAGAAAGAAAGGUGUGAUAAAUCAUUGACAACAAUUAUUGACUUGCAGAAGAGAAUACAGGAAUCUGCAAAGCAGGUGGAAGCCAAGGAUAACAAGAUAACAGAGCUGCUUAAUGAUGUAGAGCGGUUAAAACAAGCUCUUAACGGCUUGUCUCAACUUACUUACACCACUGGGAUUCCCUCAAAGAGGCAGAACCAGCAGGUUGAAAUGCUCCAGAACCAAGUGAAAACACUGCAACAACAGCUAGCUGAUGCUAAAAGGCAGCAUCAAGAGGUAGUUUCAGUUUAUCGGACACAUCUUCUUAGUGCUGUACAGGGUCACAUGGAUGAAGAUGUCCAAGCUGCUUUACUACAGAUCAUUCGAAUGAGACAGGGACUUGUUUGCUGACGUGCUUAGUGCCAUUGCUCUUGAAGGCUGCUGCAUCUUGUAGGAGUGCUGUGAUUACGGUAGUGAUAACCUUCAUGAGAUUUAUAUAAUUAGGAUAAUAUAGCUGCAAUUAGAACCUCCAAAUAUGAAACAACUUACAAAGCUGAAGUAUUUUCUUCUUGUAAAACAGUAAAAUAGGGCUACUAAGUUUCAGAUCUGACACUUCUUUCAUUAGAUUAAUAAAAAUGUAUACCAAUUUUAAAAGACAUUCUACAAGCUGACUGUCAAAAUGAUGACAUAGUAGUUAAAUUAUUUUAAUGUCUGAUUGACCACUUAUUAAAGCAAGGCCUAUACCCAGAAACUCCGGUUUAUCCUAUAACUUGGAACUCUCAUGGUAUGGUUAAAAAUAAACUAUGUUCAAAUGAGCUUGGCUAAGUAUUGUAGCUGUAUAUCUCCUUUAAUGGUUAAGAGAAAGUGGUUGUUUUGUCACAUAAGCUGAUCAAGACAUACUACAACAUGCUUAGUAAGUCAGCUGCAAAGGUAGAUGAAAGGUAUUUAGGUAUAUGUUGUAACUUGGCUGGCCAGGUUACAGACUUUAUUUAAAUAUAAGCUUAAGAUGUAGUGCCUUUGCUUUUUGCAAGACUUAAAAACCAGGUUUACCAUCAAAACACUAACUUUUAUGUUUGCCUCCCCUUCUCCCCUCCCCAAGAUUUUUCAUGAAUGCUUUGUAAUAUUGAUUACUGUAGGCUAAAAUAGUGGGACUGGAGUAUCAUGGUUUGUAGAGCAGCAUUUUGAUCUAAAUGCAAUAGUCCUACUUCUGUAUAAUUUCAUUCUUCAUUAGGCCUAAUAUGGGCGUAGACUGAGCAGCUCAUUAAGAUGUAUGCUAGAUAAUUCAGGUAUUGGAUUUUCAAACACUAUCUCAUGGAAGUUUAAGGGUAUUUUCCUCUUAACUGUAAAUUAUGUACUAUAAUCUUAUUUAUGGGGAAAGAUGCAAAUAGUAAGGAUUAAUGAAAUGAGAAUUUUUAUUUGCUGGGAAUCUACCUAUUAAACAAGACAGGGCUUCAGUUUUUUUAACUGAAGGAUGAUAUUCCCAUAAGUAAGUUUUAUGAAAGAAAACAUGAAAUUUGGGACUAUUCAAAGUAACUGAAAAAUGAGCCUGAUAACAUAUGUGGCUGUUUUAAUAGAGCAAACAGUGUAAGUGCUAUCAGUAGCUGUGUUAACUUCAGUCUACUUGGUUGAAAGCAUUUGCUUAUAACUAGCAAGUAGGAAUCUGGCAUCCUGAUGCAGAAAAGACAAACUUCCUCUUCCAUGUUCCUGAAAAAUAAGGACUUAAGUUAGAGUGCAGAGUUCUCUGCUUCGUGUUAACUGGGCUUCCCAACAAGCUGUACCUCACAGGCUUAGGUCUCAAUUUUUUUAGUAGUAUUGUGUUUGUUUCCUUUUUGUUCCUUUUUGAGCAGAGUCUUGUUGUAGAAUUGAAGAGACAACUGCCCCAUAGAGGAUACAGACAUAGUGAUGAAUGUGCAGGGCAGUCUUUAUUAUAUAAAUAUACUUAAUAUAUUUACUAAAUAUGUGUCUGUAGUUAAACAGAUCUGCUGCUUUCCUUUAAUUUUAGAGGACUAUUACAGAAAACAUCUCAGUAUAUAUAUGUUACUUUUUAGCCAAAUUCUUUUAUGAUUGCAUUACUUGAAACUCUUACUAGAGAGAAUUUGUUUCGAUAUACUAACUCUAGCAUAUUUUGAUACUGUGUUUCCUUAUUGAGGGAGUUCUAUGUAUGUUUUUCUAAAUUUCUCCUAUAUUACAUCAUCAAUAAAAUGUUUUCUUCUUUU